AUGGACUUGUUUGAGUAUAUCACUUUAUUUGUUGUCAUUCUCUUCAUAAUAUUCUACUAUAUAUGGAAAUGCAACAAAAAUGUAGUUAUACCAAAUUGGCCUAUAAUUGGCAUGCUACCAUCAGUUUUGCAUAAUCAAUCCCAUAUUCAUGACUUUGCAACUUCAGUUUUGAAACAUCAUGGAGGCACUUUUCAUUUCAAAGGACCUUGGUUCACAAACAGUGCCAACUUUAUCUUCACUAGUGAUCCCAUGAAUGUGCACCACAUCACUAGCAAGAAAUUCAACAAUUAUGGGAAAGGGUCUGAUUUCCAUGAGAUUUUUGAAAUUCUUGGUGUUGGUAUUUUCAAUUUGGAUUCCAAUGAAUGGAGGCAAGAGAGAAACCUACUUCAUUCAUUGCUCAAAACAAAAAGUUUUGAGAUAUCCCUUCAACAAAACAUUCAAAAGAAGCUAGAGAAUUUCCUCUUACCACUUCUCGAUCAUCACGCGACCAAAGGUAUACGAGUACUUGAUUUACAAGAUAUUCUUGAGAGGUUCACCUUUGAUAUAAUCUGCACUUCUUUAUUUGGUUUUGAUCCCAUUUCCCUUCCUAACAAAUUCAAUAAAGUCUCCGAUAUCACUUAUGUAACAGCUAUUUCUGUGAUUGAGGAUAUGAUAUUGUUGAGGCACUAUACUCCAAAACAUAUUUGGAAGCUACAAAAAUGGAUACAAAUUGGUCAAGAGAAGAGAGGUAAGGUAGCUCUAGAAAAUCUUCACCGAUUCUUGUCCAAAUGCAUAGAUCAUUGCAAAGGUGAUGAAGAUGUUGAUGAAAGUCAUUCUUGCUUACUAAAAGAAAUAAUUAAGCAAGGAUCGGAAAAGGGCGAAAUGGCUGAUAGAUACAUUCGAGACACUGCAGUUAAUCUCUUGGUUGCUGGAAAUUCAACAAUUAGCACAGGUCUCGUUUGGUUCUUCUGGCUUGUUUCAACUCAUCCUACGGUGGAAGCUAAAAUUAUUCAAGAGAUAAAAAAUAAUUGCUUAACACAAGAGAAGAAUUUGGUUACUAAUUUAAGUGUAGAAGAAUUUGAUAAACUAGUUUACCUUCAUGGAGCUAUAUGUGAAGCCUUAAGGCUUUAUCCUCCUCUAGCAUUUCAACACAAGUGUGCCAUAAAAUCUGAUAAACUACCUAGUGGAGACCAUGUUAGUGCAAAUACAAAGUUAAUAUAUUCUUUGUAUGCAAUGGGAAGGAUGGAACAAAUAUGGGGAAAUGAUUGCUUGGAAUUUAAGCCAGAGAGAUGGAUAUCAGAUAGAGGAGAGAUUAUACAUGUGCCGUCUUACAAGUUCAUAGCAUUCAAUGCAGGUCCAAGAAGUUGUUUGGGAAAAGAUGUUAGCUUUGUUCAAAUGAAAAUGGUUGCAGUUGCCAUGUUAUGGAAUUUUAAUAUACAGGUGGUGGAAGGUCAUUCUGUAGCUCCAAGGGUUUCUUUUAUGCUUCGUAUGAAACAUGGACUUAAGGUAAAAGUCAGUAAAAGAUGCAUUUGAAGUAGGUAUAUUAAUAUAAGUUGUGUGAAAUUUAGAUUAAUUUGUGUGAUGUAUGUUGAG